AUGAGUCUCCCCCCGGGGAAAGCCAACCCGAAGGGCAAAGAAUGCCCAAGCAUCCGCACAGGCAAAAACGAAAGCAGGAAAGUACUAACAUGGAAUAAAUUAAAUGGGCCACCAAACAGCGCAAAGACAAAUUAUAAGAAGAUGGACGGAAGUAAUUCUAAUCACGCAAAUGGGGCGGCAGCGCAAAGUAGUGCAGGCUACUGGAAUGAGGAGAAAAAUGUGUGCCUCCCCAGACGCACGGGAGCCGCCUCUGUAUUGUAUAAAAAUCACAUAUACAUAUUUGGGGGAUACAAAUCUGAAAGGAGACUGAACGAUUUUUACAAAUACAAUAUUGCAGAAAAUGAAUGGAUCAAAAUAGAGUCCCUAAAUGGGCCAUCGAAGAGGGAAAAUAAUCCUGCCUUUUUAUUUAAGGAUAAAAUGUAUAUACUUGGAGGAUACCAAGGGAAUGAAAUUUGGCUGAAUGAUUUUUAUGUGUACGAUUUUGGGAGAGAAAAGUGGCAGCCUGUUAAUGUGAAGAAGGAGAGCAUGAGGUUUGCCCCGCCAUCGUUAUUUGGCUUCGCUUUAUCUGUCGAUGAAGGGAAAGGAAUUGUAUACCUAUUCGGAGGGUACGACGGCAAGUCGGUACAUAACAAAAUGUAUGCAUUCCAUUUGGAGGAAGAAAAAUGGAUUCAGACAAAGCAAAGUGGUGAAAUACCAAGUCCAAGAUCCUGUGCCAUUGGACAUAUCUCCGACGGUUACUUCUACAUUUUUGGGGGAUACAAUGGAGAGUACGGAUUAGACAUUUUUUAUCAGUACCAUUUGGAGACGGGCAUUUGGACGGAGAUGAAAUAUAACAUGGUUGGGGGGGACAAAUUAACUGCAACGUUUGCCAUGUCUGCAACGUCUGCAACGUCCGUAGAGGAGGAAGACGAAGUUGGUGAGGUCCAACUGUUGGGAGACCCACGAGUAAGUAGAAUUUCACAAAGGGGAAAAAAUGAAACGCGUGUAUCUCCUCCCGAUAGAGCAAUCCCCACGGCUAGGUACUUUAUGGGGUCCUUUAUACACAAUAAAUGUAUAUACAUUUUGGGAGGGUAUAAUGGCCUCAGAUGUGAAAGGCUAAAUGAUUUAUACAAAUUUGACCUGCACAAAAGAAUAUGGUAUAAAAUACACACGUGUAAUAAUUUCACGAACAGAAGCAGCAUGAAUACUCACUUUUAUAAAAACGUCAUUUACUGCAUUGCUGGAUUUGAUGGAAAGAAUUCUCUGAACGAUGUGUACGCCUUGAAGUUGGAGGAAGUCCACAUCGAACCAUCUUCCCUGAUCGAAUAUUACAGAAUGAUGGUCAAUAAUUACAGAUACGCAGAUGUCAUUUUUCUCGUGCAGAAUAAAUACAUCUAUGGGUGUUCUUCCAUUUUGCUGUCGCGAUGCCCUGGUUUUAAGACGCUCCUCAAUUUGUCUACAUCCACGGGGGGAUCAUCAAACGGAAUAUCCCCCACAGAAGGGGAACAAGACUACCGCAUACAGAAGAACAUCCCACCAGUAAACGACGGAACAGCAAAAGGAGAGAAAAUAAAAAAAAUGAGGGUCAUCCCAAUUUAUGACAUAGAUCACGAUAUCUUCCUAAUAAUUGUAAAUUACCUAUACACCGAUGAGCUAGCCAUGUCAUACUCCCUUGAUACGUACGUUCUCAUCGUCUUGGCUGCCUACCGUUAUAGCAUUUUCAGACUAAUGCAGUUAUGUGAGAGCGCCAUCAGCCACCAUAUAAACGAGUCCAACGUCAUGGAUAUCCUCAUUCUGAGUUACAGAAUUUGUUGCAAACAGCUAUGCACAGCUUGCAUCGAUUUUAUUAUUAACAAUAAGUUGCUCGACGAGGCGAAGAUUAAUAGGCUCACCUUGGAGCCCUAUUUGCUGGGCGAGAUCUACAAAAAGUGGAUCUUCAACUGA